GGACGAUCAUGAUGAGCGGCUGCGGGAUCCUGACCAACGGCAAAGGGACGCGCCGGGAGUACUGCGAGUUCAGCCUGGACGAGCUGCAGGAGGGAGAUCACAUCGGGCUGACCCGCAAGGCCAACAACGCCCUGCACUUCUACAUCAACGGCGUGGACCAAGGCGUGGCCACCUCGCUGACGCCGCAGGUGGUGUACGGCGUGGUGGACCUGUACGGGAUGGCCGUCAAGGUGACCAUCGUGCACAACCACAACCACAGCGACCGCCUGCGCCGCAACAACGCCAUCCUGCGCGCCCUGUCCCCCGAGGGGACGGCGGGGACGCCGCGCCGGGCCGCCGGCACGGCCACCGGCGCGGCCACCGCGGCCCCCCCGCGGCUCCUCUUCCACCCCAACUGCGGCCAGAAGGCGGCCGUGGUCAACGAGGGCCGGACGGCGCUGCGGCCGCAUGCCACCGAUGACUUCAACCACGGCGUGGUGCUGAGCGCGCGGCCCCUCGGGGACAACGAGCUCUUCCAGGUGCGGCUGGACAAGAUGGUGGACAAGUGGGCGGGGUCCAUCGAGAUCGGCGUCACCACCCACAACCCCGCCUACCUGCAGCUGCCGUCCACCAUGACCAACCUGCGCUCAGGCACGUGGAUGAUGACCGGGAACGGGGUCAUGCACAACGGCACCACCGUGCUGGACGAGUACGGCCACAACCUGGACCGCCUCAAGGCGGGGGACACGGUGGGGGUGGUGCGCAGGGACGACGGCACCCUGCACUUCUUCGUCAACGGGGUCCCCCAGGGCCCCGCGGCCUGGAACGUCCCCCCCAACGUCUACGCCGUGGUGGACCUGUACGGGCAGGCGGCACAGGCCACCAUCGUGGACGAGGGAGAGGUGCCAGCGCUGGCCGGGGACGGCUCGGAGGGUGACAGCGGCGGUGGCAGCCCCGAGGGCGCGUCCCCGGGCGCGUCCCCGAGCGACCUGCGCUUCCACCGGCUGCACGGCGCCAACGCCGUCAUCACCAACGGCGGCCGCACGGCGCUGCGCCAGAACUGCCGCUCCGAGUUCAACGACGCCAUCGUCAUCUCCAACCGGGCCCUGCGGGACGGGGAGCUGUUCGAGAUCGUCAUCCAGAAGAUGGUGGAUCGAUGGUCGGGGUCCAUCGAGGCCGGUGUCACUGCCAUCCGCCCCGAGGACCUGGAGUUCCCCAACACCAUGACGGACAUCGACUACGACACCUGGAUGCUCAGCGGCACUGCCAUCAUGCAGGACGGGAACACCAUGCGGAACAACUACGGCUGUGACCUGGACGCGCUGGGCACGGGCGCGCGCAUCGGGAUGAUGCGCACGGGGGGAGGGGACCUGCGCUACUUCAUCGAUGGCACCGACCAGGGCGUGGCCUGCUCGGGGCUGCCGCCAGAGGUGUACGCCGUGGUGGACCUCUAUGGUCAGUGUGUCCAGGUGUCGCUGACCGGCGCCUCCGGCCCCGCCGACAACAGCCAGAGCCCGGGGGCGGGGCCCGACAAAGCCCCGCCCCCUUCGCCAGCGCCGGGGCCGUGCCAGCGCUUCCACGGCCGCUGUGGCCAGAACGUGGCGCUGGCGGCCGAGGGCCUGGGCGCGGCGCGCGUGGCCGGCUACUGCCACGGGCUGGUCUUCAGCCGCUCCCACCUGCGGCCAGGAGAGCUCUUCGAGGUGCGCAUCGAGGCGCUGGAUGAGCGGUGGGCAGGGUCUCUGCGGGUGGGGCUGACGGCCCUGCCCCCCCCCGGCCCCCCCGCCCUGCCCCCCUCCCUGCUGGACCUGCCGGCCCCGCCCACCUGGGCCGUGACCGGGGCCGAGGUGCGGCACAACGGCGCCCAGGUGCGGCACAACUACGGCGUCAGCCUGGACAGACUGACGGUGGGGAACCGGCUGGGCGUGCGCCGCGGCGCCGACGACUCGAUGCACCUGGUGGUGGACGGGCAGGACAUGGGGCCUGCGGCCACCGGCGUGGCCAAGAACGCCUUCGUGGCCCUGGACCUGUACGGGCGCAUCACGGCCGUGUCCAUCGUCAGUGCGGGGGGCGGGGCCGGCGGGGGGGGCGGGGACAGCCCCUCCCCCACCCCCAGCCCCUCCCCCAGCCCCUCCCCCAGCGAGCCCCAGCCCCUCCCCCACCCCGGCGGGGACAGCGGAGACUGGGGUCCCCCGCGGUUCCUGGGCUGCCACGGCCGGAACAUCCUGCUGUCCAACGGCGGCCGCACGGCCGCGCGCGUCUCCAGCUACAACCAGGGCCUGGUGCUCGUGGGGCCGCCCCUCCCCCCAGGACGCCUCUUCCAGGUGCAGAUCGACGCCCUGAACCCGCAGUGGAGCUCCUCCCUGGCCCUGGGGGUCACCGGGGCCCCCCCCGGCCGCUCCCCCCUCCCGGCCUGCGCCCACGGCCUCAAACGGCCGGCCUGGAUCCUGCAGCGCCGCGGCGUCUUCCACAACGCCAGGAAGGUCGGGAAACUACCCCAAAAUAUCCCAAAUUAUCCUCAAAUGAUCCCCACCCCGGCCUGGAUCCUGCAGCGCCGCGGCGUCUUCCACAACGCCAGGAAGAUCCGGGAGCUGCCCGGGCCGUCCCUGGAGCAGCUCCCGGCCGGGACGGUUUUGGGGCUCCUGGUGGACGGGGGGGGGCGGCUGCACCUCUUCAUCAACGGCCGCGACCAGGGCGCCGUGGCCGGGGGGGUGCCCAGCCCCUGCCACGUCCUGCUGGACCUCUACGGGCAGUGCCAGCAGGUGACGAUCGUGGCCGAGGGCCCGGCCGGGGGGGGCUCCCCCAGCGGGGACCCCCGAAAUCGGGGGGACGUGGAGAAAGCCGACGUGGUGGACGGGGUGAAGGAGAGCCUGUGCUGGGGCCCCCCCGCGCCCCCCCAGCCCUGCCCCUACCAGGCGCUCUGCGCCCGCUUCAAGGACCUGCUGCUGCUGCCCGACGAGUACUUCGCCCCCGAGCCGCGGCGCAGCCGCUGCUUCUGCCAGGGCUGUGAGCGGGGGGGGGGCGACCCCCGGGACCCCCGCGAGCCCCCCCUGCCCCUGGGCUGGUGCCGCUUCAGCCUCCGGCCGAAGCCGCGGCCCGAGGGGGGCGGGGGGUGGCAGAAGUGGCCCCGGGCCUAUCACGGCACCAGCGCCGGCGCCGUGCGGCGCAGCCUGGACCGCGGCGAGCUCGUGCCAGGCCCGUGGUCGCUGCUCAGCGCCCCCUGCCGGCCGGAUCCGUCAGGCCCCGCCCACUCGCGCUCAGGCUCCGCCCCUCCGGGCUCGGGGCCCCGCCCCCCCGGCCCCGCCCCCCUGGUGCUGUCGCCGGCCUUGGGCUACGCGGCCCUGGAGACGUUCGCCAGCCGGGUCACGUUCCGGGAGCCGGGCUGGCCGCGGCCCCGGGGGGCUCAGGUGGCCUUUGAGGUUUGGGUCCGUCCGGGCUCCUUCCGGGCCGGGCCCCCCUCGCUGAGCCCCCCCCCCGCCCUGGAGCCCCCCCAGGGGCUGGACCCCGCCCAGCUCGAGUGGGUCACCAAGGAGCCGGGGGCCACCGUGCUGGCCGGGCUGCUGGUCCGCGUGGACUGAGCGGCCACGACGGGGGAGCGCCCCCAAAACGGGGGAGUCGUCACCCCAAAAUGGGAGAAAUCGCCCCCAAAAUGGGGGAGUUACCACCCAAAAAUAUGGGGGACUUAUCACCCAAAAACGGGAGAAAUUGCCCUGAAAAUAUGGGGGAGUUAUCACCCAAAACUGGGAGAAAUCACCUCAAAAAUAUGGGGGGAAUCACCUCAAAAAUAUGGGGGAAUCACCUCAAAAAUGGGGGAGUUAUCACCCAAAAAUGGGAGAAAUUGCCCCAAAAUAUGGGAGAAAUAAUCUCAAAAUUAUCAGGGAAAUUGCCUCAAAAAUGGGGGAAUUAUCACCCAAAAAUGGGGGAAUUAUCACCCAAAAAUGGGGGAUAUCGCCCCGAAAAUAAGAGGGGAAUUAUCACCCAAAAAUGGGAGAAAUCACCUCAAAAAUAAAGGGGGAAUUGCCUCAAAAAUGGGGAAAUUAACACCUGAAAAUGGAGAAUAUCGCCCCGAAAAUACAGGGGAGUUAUCACCCAAAAACAGGAGAAUGUGCCCCGAAAAUAUGGGGGGAAUUGCCCCAAAAAUGGGGAAAUUAUCACCCAAAAAUGGGAGAAAUCACCUCAAAAAUAUGGGGGAAUUCUCACCCAAAAAUGGGGGAAGCACCUCAAAAAAUUGGGGGAAAUUGCCCCAAAAAUGGGAGAAUUCACCCUGAAAACGGGGGAAUUAUCACCCAAAAAUGGGAGAAUUUCUGCAAAUAAUUGAGGGUUUUAUCCAAAAAAUGGGGGAAUUCAUAAAAAAAUAAAAAUUGGAAAUUUCUCCAAAAAUGGGGGAAUUCUUUCCCCCCCCCAAAUUGGGAUUUUCUCCCCAAGAAUUUGGGAAUUUCUCCUAAAAAAAAUUAGGAAUUUCUCCUAAAAAAAUUUGGGAAUUCUUCACAGAAAAAUUAGGAAUGGCUUCAAAAAAAUUCGGGGGUUUCUUCCAAAAAAUUUUGGAUUUCUCUCAGAAAUUUGGGAAUUUCUCUCCCCAAAAUUCAGGAAUUUCUCCCCAAAAAAAUGUGGGAAUUCCUCCCAGGAAGGAGAACUCCCCAAAAAAUCCCCAGGGAUGGGGACCCCAAAAUUGGGGGGGGGGGUUUGGAAAAAAGGAGACCCCCCUGAAGUGGAGGAGACCCCCCCAAAAAAAUUUGGACACUCCCCCAAAAAUUGAGGAAAUCCCCCCCAAAAAAAUUUGGGAAAAACCUCCAAAAAUGGGGAAACCCCCAAAAAAUUUUGGGAGCCCCCCCCAGAAUUGGGGACCCCCCCCCAAACCCCCCCGAUUUUGGGGGGUUCACCCCAAUUUGGGGAGGGGGAACCACUCGGGUGGGGGAGGGGCCCCCAAAUAUUUUUGGGGGGGGGUCCUUAACCCCAAAUUUGGGGUCCCUGAUGCGUUUUUGGGGGGUUUCACCCCGAUUUUUGGGGGGGGGAGGGGUCAGAGCACUUCUCCCCUCCCCCACUGCACAGCCCCUCCCCCCCGCCCCUCCCCCCCCUUUAUUUAUUGCCCCAAAUGUGAAUCCGGGGGUGGGGGAGGGGCGGGGGGAGGGGAUUUUUUGGGGGGUUUUGGGGUUUUUUGGGGGGUUUCUGGUCGGGUUUUUUUUUUCUUGUUGUUUUUUUCGUUGUUUUUUGGUUUUUUUUUUGGUUUUUUUUUUUUUAAUGAAUUUUUAUUUAAAGCUGCUGCGAGGGGGGUGGGGGAGGGGAGGGGUCACGCCCCUUCCCCCCCUUUUCCCCUCCCCCCCCCCCCAAAAUAAA